AUGGCGGUUGAGGGCGCGACGCAGGCCCUCGUCGCCGCCUUCUUUUUUGGUAUUGUCUUAAACGCGGCAUCCGCGGCUUUCGUUCUUUACAUCAAGGGCCACGAUGGCUCCGUCUUUCGGGACAGCCAGAGGCUGGUCCUCGUCUUAUUCCUUUGCAGCGCAGCCCUGUGGGCUUUAGUCGACUUUGUUUCCAUCCUUCUGAACAACACCACCUCAACGACACCAUGCCAGAUCGGCGUCAUCUUUUCCACCGUCUUCGACCAGCUCGCGAGAUUCUCCCUCGAACAAUUCCUUUUGUGGGCCAUGAAUAGUAAUUCUAAUGGCGCCAAGCUCCCCGUGACCCAGCUGCUCCCACAAGCCGCAGUCGCCCUCAGAUUCAUCGCCGGCGCUGUCUUCACCGGCUUUACCCGUCCCCAGGUUGACACGUUUUGCGUCGCUACGACGGCUAUUACGCCCCUCGGAAUCGCCGUUGCCGGGCUCGAUGGAGCUAUUAUUGUGCUCCUCGUCGUUCGCGCUUAUUCCCCGGGUGGACUGGCUAGGGAAAACCGGACCGGCAAGGAGGCCGAGGCAGAGCGUGCAAGGGGUGUCAUGUCCAUCCUGUUGGGGUUGACCGUAUGGACAGGGACAAGUGUUCCGUUGUUAGUUGGACUUGAGAGCAUCGCCUUGGCUGUAAGGACGGCUCUUCCUGCCGCAGGCCUUUACAUGGUGAUCCUGCUUGUGACUUCCAGGGCUGGUACCCUAUUUCCGGCGAGGUCUCAGUCAAGGCCACCCGAGGCACCUUCUCCCCGUCGGUUCAACAUCACUCGGGAUAUCGCGACCUCGCACUCGGAUUAUCCUCCUAGUCGCUAUGAGGAUCUCAAGGAGGCUGCCAUUCGGUCUUCUACGACAUUUAUUAACCCGAGGGAGGCGCCUGUGGCCAAGGAGGAGACCAGCAUUCCGCCGCGUCCAGCUGCGCUCGCAGCCACGCGCAACGCUGAGCCGCCAACACCUCAGAGAAAGAAGGCAUUGUUUGGUGGUGGGAAGACGAACACGAAACUGACAAUCAGCCGCCCGAUCAUGCAAGAAGAUGCGUCUCAGAAUCUGAUGAACAGGAUACCCGUCAUGGAUCUCAAGGACGCAGCUGUUGCGGAGAAGGAACGGAGGGAGCGGCGAGGAGAUCUGGGCCUCGGGAUUGUUCCUUCGAAGACCCCGACGAGUGCAAUGUCUCCAGAGGAAGGGGUUCAGCGGGCCACCAGCAUCAAGAGGAAGCAGGUUGGCUCUCCUCCGUCGCGCCAGAGCAUGUUUCCUGGAGCUCUGCGUCCUGAAGAUGUCGGCACUGCCAUGACCACGUCGGCACAGCGGUCGCCCGGCGGAGAAGAAGCUCGUCGCAGGUCGCCCAGGCUCUCUUCUGAUGAUGAGCAGCGGUCGAUCACAACUUUCACUGUGGAUACGAAUCGCCUCACCAUCGCCCAAACGGCCGUUUUUACUAAGCCCGACAUCCGGCCGUCGAGAACGCUGCCACCUUCUCCUCCGCCAGCGCCGCAGGAGCCAGCAAAGACCCCUCUUCAGCGGAGGCCGACUAUUGGGCUACCACAGAACCCGAGGGCACGCGGAGUGCAGGUUCCUCAGGAGUCCGGAUCACGGACCAAGACGAUCUUGUUCGUGAAUAAUAUUGAGUAUAAUGAUCCGAUGGUCGUCCAGUCCAUUAUCAAGGACGUGAGCCAAAAGGCCCCUAAGGCUCCCCCUGCUUCAGCCCCCGUGCCCGCGCCGGCACCAGCUACGGCUCCGAUUACUUCGACUGCUUAUAACACGAAGCCUGCCAAAGCAAACCCGAUUCCUCCGACGCCCGGCACCUCCGAUUCCAUCAUUAACAGACCGCGUCCCAUUCCUCGGAAGAAGGACGUGGAUUCCCCAGCCAAGUUUAGCCCUCGCCAGAGCCAUAGACGGAGCAAGUCGGCUGGCGCGUUGGUAGCUAGGUCGAUUCUUUCAUCAUCAACUCCAGGGAGUCCAAGUCAACUGCCCCCUCUCCCGCCGCUUCCUCCGAGCACUGUUGUCCCUCCUAGACCGCAUCCCAACGACACCAGGAGCAUGACGGUCGAAGAGAAGAUCACACUGCUCUUCCCAAGCCCUCCGAGCGGCAAGGUAACGAGGAGAAGAUCAUCUUCAGUUCCCGAAGUCCCAUCGAUUCCCAAGUCGCCCAUCGACAUCCCUUCGCCUGUUGAUUCCGAACGUCGGACAACGAAAACGUCAGUACGGACGGAGAGCGUCCUGGAGGUUGACGAAAUUCCUCGCAAGUCCGCGACGACUCUCCUGAAGACGGCUGGCGAGGCUGCGGCCUCCUCAUGGCUCGAGGCCUUCGACGCGAAGGAGAAACCAGCCAUUCCCAAGUCUACCGCUGCUCAAGAUGGCGGGAAACGCAAAUCAUCGCCAGUCUUACCAGGCACUACGCUUCCUCCACGUGUUUCGGCGUGGACAACGACGACAGUGAUGACAGAGGAUGAUGCGACAACUAAUUGGAGCGCAGUGCAGUCUCCGGAAUUUGCCGUCGGGGUUCCGGUCAUCAAAAAUAUCGGACCCCCUGCCGGGCUCCGGGGAUCCGAUGGCGGGGCCGUCGCGGCAGAAGAUGACGCCCGUAGGAGCGAAACCCUCCCAAUCAUGCUUGACGCCUCGACUGUUCCCGUGGAAGAUAUCAAGGGCGAAGAGGGAGAGCAGCCGGCACCGCAAAGUCAGGCGCGCAAGUCGCCAGAGCAAGCGCAAUAUCAACCAGCCCGUUGGCAUCGGCGUGUCGGUGACGAGUGUCCCACUUUCUCGACCCGCAAGGAGAACCGACGGUCUAGGAAGCUGUCUCCGCCCCCUCCUCUGACACUAAAGGCUACCACAACAGCUAGACACAAGAUUACCAUCCAAGUCGAGCCAUCUCCGCCGUCGCCGGUUGAGUCCCCCGAAAAGGCGAUCCAAGAAUUGCGCGAGAGACUCAGGAAGCUCGAAGAAUUUGAUCGCAAUUCUCCGGGAAGCGCAGCUCGGCGUCUCGCGUUGCUCGAGUCGUUGGAGAAGGAGGUAGGAGAGCAGGUUGAGCACCUGGAGGAGAUCAGGCACGAUGUCGAGCGUGAUUCCAUCUCGAGUAUCAGCACGACGAGCAUUUCGGCAACAGCUAGCCAAAGGAGCUCGCUCCGCGAUUCGCUCGCGCUGCAAUCAUCCUCGCGUAGAGCGUCGCGGUUGUCGCGUGUCAUGAGGCUCAGGGAAGAGGACCGGAUGGAGCGCUCGUCCAACCGCGACUCGGGCAGCCCGCAGAUGAGCAGGUGGCAGAAGCGGCUUACCGAGGUGCAGAUGGAGUACAUGGAUGUGCAGCUACUCCGGACGAGCACCGUCAGCUUCUUGCAGGUUGCCCGUGCUCAGCUUACCAGCCCUACGCCCCCUGACUCCGACUCCGACCAGGGUGAGCCCGAGCCGGUGCCUCCUAUCCCGGACAAGUUCAAGCAGAGCGCGGAACAUCUUCAAAAGGAGGAGCCGAAGAAGGCCGCUUUAUUGUGGACGCCACCGGUCAAGGAGUCUGAGCGUCCCCUGGGACUUCUCUGGACGCCCCCUGCUCGCAAGAGCGCCCCUGCCGAAGAUGUUACGCUUCCGGGUCUCACUCUCCGCCCGGCGCUCAGGAAGGACUUCGAACCUCUUCGCAUCGAAAGCUCCCAACUCUGGCACAAGCCUUGCCAGAUUCCUUCCCGACCCUCCUCUGGCCUCUGGCGGCCGAUUUGGGCUUCCGCUGCGCCGCCCGCCGAGCCCGUACGCUCGAUCAAGUCAUCGCCGCAAACAACUACUCAGGAACAGCAACCACAACAGCAGGAGCAGAAGCAAGAUCCGCCGAAGCAGCAGCAGAAGCCCCGGCCGUCGACUCUACGGCCGCCACGCCGUACCAAGCGUAUCACUAUGUUGCCCGACAUCCUCGAGAGCCCUGAGCCGUUGCCCGACCGUCGCGAUACUCUGGGUAUCUUCCAGUUCCCAUGGGGCGAGCGUUCCGAUACUGCAACGCUGCCGCCCCGGCCCGUGGCUGGUAUGAGCAUGGGAUUCACGGCUAUGCCUGGUACAAUGACGACUGGUGGCCUGGGUAUGGCGCCGGCUACGCAUAUGCAGAUGCAGAUGCAGAUGCAGAUGCAGAUGCAGAUGCAGGCUGCGUCGACGGGCUUCACUGCCCCCCCGGCUCCUGCGGUUUCCGCCAUUGAGCAGUACGGUGAGUCGUUCUUCGACGAUUACGAUGAUGACGCCUUCCUGGACGAGAUGCCAUCCAAUUCGGAGGAUGAGGAUGACGACAGCGCUGAAUUUGACGACUCGACUCUGUGGGAGAUUGCCAACCUGCUCAGAACGGACGCUGGCGAGGAGAGCGAGGAAGAGAAUUCUCCCCGUGCCCAAUCGAUCCUCAUCGGUCUGGAUGAAGCUCCGCAGGCGCUUUCGCUCCCAGAACCGCCAUCGAACCGUACCUCCAGCGCGACUGUCACAGUGAUGAUGGUCGAGGAGAGUACACCCAGCGAUCCGAAGCAGCCUGUUCGCAGACCCAGCAUCAUCGGGUUGCCAGUGAAUCCAAAAGCGAACCUGCAAGCUGUCCAGGCGCAGAGCCUACCAACUUCCGAGUCCCAAGCUCAGUUUACCAGCAGCGCCCCUGAACCUGCAGCCCUGACCGUUAGCGCGGGACAAGGAUCUGCUGGGUUGUGGGUCCCACCAGAGGAGAAAUUCAAGAAAGUCUCUUCUCAGGGCCAUCAAGGUCUCUUCGUGCCUCCGUCCCCCGGCUCCAAGGAUAAAUCCAAGCCUGUCGUCGUCGACGCUGAACCUGCCGCCAAGAACGUCGUCGUCAUCCGCAAGCCUCGCUCGGUCGUUGCUGACUUGACGCCGUUGGAAUCGAGCAGCCUCUGGACGCCGUGUGUUAGUGAGAAGAAGGUCGAGCGCAACUGGAUCGUUUUUAGCACUCGUACUUCUUCUUCGUCGUCUCCUUCCCUUGGCCUGGUUGGUUUGUGGUCUCCGCCGAAGAAAGUUAAGGAGACUGCUUCUGUGACUGGGCUCUUCGUGCCAGGCUCGGUGCUCUUCCGUGGUACCGAUCAGGAGCCUAUUGCAAAGGAUCUUGCGCGCAAAGUCCGCCCAGUUGAGGACAGGCCGUUGGAUAGGCUCACGUCAACAAGCCUGUGGUCGCCGACUGCUGUCGUCAAGAAGGUUGAACACGACUGGAUCUCAGAGCUUCCGAGGGGGCUUCCUGGUCUUUGGUUGACUCCGAGCAAAGUGAAGGAAGUCAAGUCCGCCAACGGGUUGUUUGUUCCUGGCUCCGUUAAGCAUCGCGGCACUGCUGCCGAGCCGAUUGCAAAGGAAACUCCGCGGAAGCCACGAGCCGUGGACACCAAGCCCUUGGAGAAGAUUACUUCGGCGAAUCUCUGGACCCCUAAGCAAACUUCUAAAGACAUCGUCGGCAAGAACUGGAUCUUCCAUUCAACUACGCGCCGUUUCCGGCGUCCGCUUGCCACAGACGCGGACUGGACUGCAGCUCUGAACGAAGCUCUCAAGGCCAGCUAUCCCCAGAAGAAGCUCAGGAGAACCGUUGCGAAUCCAGCUCAGUGGCAGGCUGCUCUACAGGAGGCUCUUUCGCUCUCGUACCCCCAGAAGCAAACCGAGCCUUUCGACGCAGCCACCCGUCAUCCCGUUUUCGCCGCGCGCUCACUGGUCACCCGUUCGCCUUGGUUCCAUCCGGCUGCCACGGGCUAUACAUACGACGUAGCCGCUGUGCAUCCCGUGUUCUUCGGCUCUCUGGAUAUCAGCUCCGUCCAGCUUGUGAACGAGGACGAGGAACUGAGCGUAGAGGCCGUGCACCCUGCUAUCGCUUCUUACGCAGCUAGGAAGAUCAGGAGACAGAGGAGGCGGGAGAGGAAGGAACUGAGUAGGAGUCGGUCGCGUAGUGGUAGUGGAAGCAGCAGCGAAAAGGAGAGCAGCAAGAGCAAGCAUAAGAAGGAGAGAAGCACGACAGAGACCGUUGUCCUCCCCCCUGUUUCGGCCGACAUCCAAGCUCGCAUCGAGGCUCUUGAGCAGGAGCGACAAUUUAUCGAACGGGCCGCGCGUGAAGAGUACCGCCGGCGCACUUCCAUGAUGUCGCAGACCGCUGUUCAAGCUCCUCUCCCCGUCGUGGAAGCCGUUCCCUCACCAUCAUUCUCUCCUGCCGGAACAACAUCCGUUAUCCCUGCAGCCACAGAAGCCGUCGAGGCGCUGCAGCGCCGCCUGAGCCUGCACAUCCGGCAAUCCCUUGCCUUCGCUAAGCCGACCAAGGUUGAGGUAGCAAAGCCCGCCAAAGUCGAGAUCAUUAAGUCCAGGUCCAAGGCCAGGGAGCCAGUGAAGCUUCAGGAAAAGAAGCCAACUCAGCCCGCUCAGCUCUGGACCCCUCCCAAGCCUACCACUGCCGCACUUCCUAAGACUUCUACCACAACACCAACAGCCGGUCUCUGGUCCCCUAACGCAGACCACAGCCCGUCUGUGGCAUUUCCGUCCGAAGAGGAAGACGCCUUCGCGAAGCAGUCGCGCGCGCACAGGCGCAAGCUGCUCCAAAAACGCCAGCGCCGCGUCGAGAUUCUUGCCCAGAUUGCUGCGAUCGAGCAGGGCGUCAACCCGUUCGUAGAGAACUCGGAUGAGUGGCGGAUGCAGGGGUUGUGGACGAAUGGGUUUGGCGGUGCUGUGAGGGAGAAGGAGAGGGGUUGGGGCAGGGAGUGGAUCUUAAUGGGGGGCAAAAAGGCUAGGGGGGUUGUGCUCAGGUAUUGA